AUUGGCUUCAGCGCGGCACCGAGAGGAGGGACCAGCGCGGGCCGCCGGACUCGGGCAAACCCUGGCCGCGCAGGGUGCCGCGCGCAGUCCAGCCCGGCCCUGCCCUGCCCUGCCUGGCGCGGUAGGCGUGAUGUGAGCGCCCGAGGUCCCGAGGUCCCCGUGUAUGCCAGCUCCGCGCAGCCGGCGCCAGCAUGCGCUAGGAACGGCCGCAGAAGGAGGUGGCAGAGUUCCCGCUGCCCACAAGUCUGGCGCAACCUUCUGGUUCAGGGGUCCUGGGGGCGAGAGCACUGGGCCAGAGGACCUAGGGGCGCCUAACAGCGAGGAGCUCCCCGCUUGGAGUCUUAGAAAGUGGGUUUUGUGCUGACUGAAGGCGAGACCUGACAUUCAACUCCUCUCUGCAUCCCCACUGCCCACCACCCUGCCGGACACACACCCUUCCGAGGAGGAGGCAGCCGGGCCCCAGGACAGGAUGGCGGCCAAGCAGCCCCCGCCUCUCAUGAAGAAGCACAGCCAGACGGACCUCGUGAGCCGCCUGAAGACCCGGAAGAUCCUUGGCGUGGGCGGGGAGGACGACGACGGGGAGGUGCACCGCUCCAAGAUCAGCCAGGUCUUGGGCAACGAAAUCAAGUUUGCCGUGCGGGAGCCUUUGGGACUGAGGGUCUGGCAGUUCGUUUCAGCUGUGCUCUUCUCCGGCAUUGCCGUUGUGGCCCUUGCCUUCCCUGACCAGCUCUAUGACGCGGUCUUUGAUGGAGCCCAGGUGACCAGCAAGACCCCCAUCCGUCUCUACGGGGGUGCCCUCCUCAGCAUCUCCCUGAUCAUGUGGAAUGCCCUCUACACGGCCGAGAAGGUUAUCAUCCGGUGGACUCUGCUCACCGAAGCCUGUUACUUCGGGGUCCAGUUCUUGGUGGUCACUGCCACGCUGGCCGAGACGGGCCUCGUGUCCCUGGGGAUUCUGCUGCUCCUGGCCAGCCGCCUCCUUUUCGUUGCCAUCAGCGUUUACUACUAUUACCAAGUUGGCCGAAAACCCAAGAAAGUCUAGCUGACCGCUGGGCCAGGCCCUGGGGCAGGGCAGCCCUGGGCCUUGGCUUCCCUUCGGUUCGUGGAAGGCAGGACGGACCCCGCCCUGCCCAGGCAGACAGGAGUGGCCGCUGUCCCUUCUGCCUGGGCCCUCCCCGAGAGCCGUGAUCUGGGCCUUCAGGUUUGGGGAGUCACGGGGCCACUGCACCCCUGCUCUUUGCCCCACACAGUGACGCCUUCUUUUCUGGGGCCUCUCAGCCUGUGGGUCCCCUGGACAGACGCCGAUGGAAAGAGCCCGCGUCAGGGCUGAGGCGAGGCCCCUGCCCCUUCUGCCCGGAGGCCCUCCGGAAGGACAGAGGCUGUGGGCCGCCUCCUGGUCCUUCCCUGUCACCCCCAGCAGAUCUAGUGCCCAAGCAGCUGAACUCGGCUUCUAUCUAUGCCUGGAAAACCCAAGAACUUGACCUUGCGUCUCUAUCCUUGUCGUGGGCCCUCUGCACACGCGGGGGCCCCUCUCCACCUCCAGACUCACACACCCGCCCUCCCCACAGCCCAGCCUCGGGCCGACGGGCAGAGGCGGCGGUCUCGAAGCUGGCACUUGCCCUGCAGCCUCCCUGCGAGGUGGGCCACGUGCAGCAGAGCCCGUCCCGGUCACCACGGGCUCUGCUGGGGCUCCACCCGGGGCUGCUCUGCCUUCGCCCCGGCUCCUGGAGGCCCCUGGGAGCCCCCUCCCCGCAACUAGCCUGGGUUCAGAGGCUGCCAGUGGCCUCCCCCACAAGCGGGCCCUGCUGUGGACACAGGGAACCCCCGAUGGGGGCUGCCUGUGAGGGUUGGGGUUCGGAGACGAGGAAGAAAGGACAUCAGUGGCAUUUCUCUGUCCCUUGGCCACGCCCUCCAGGGUCUGAUGCUCACCCGGCUUAGCCCCUCACCUGCCCUGCCUCCUCCCCAGGGUGCUGCUCCCAGGGUCUGGCGGGAUAGGACUGGGUGCCCUUCAUACUCAGCAGGGGAAAUAAAUAUUUCAGGAGGCC